CUGUCAAAGAACAGGAAGAAGUCUUCUACCGCUGACUCGCUUCCCCGUUGUCACCUAGGGGUUAAAAAGUUAUCUAAACUUUGUUGAGCAGCCAUGGAAGACAAUUCUGGACACGUCGUCGAUUCUGGUGAUUUCUAACGCCGAGUCCGCGUUGUUGUUACCGAAACAACUGGUGGAAGUUGACGCGGAGGCUUUUUGUUCCGCUUAACUUAACUACUGUAGCCCGCAAGCUAGCCCGGGCAAAGCUAACGUUAGCUAUUUUUGUACCGCAUAUUUUGCGGUUUAAUAUUAUCGCUGUGGCUGGUGUAACUUAUAUAAAGUUACAGAGUUAGGUGCUCGUUGGUAUUCCGCAGACGCAACAGGUUGUUUUAGUACUUCUUGACCCGAGGACUUCGGCUUGCGCUUUGAAUUUCCCUCCUUCAGUCAUCCCUUUUGAGAGGGGGCUCGCUUGUCUGGGUACCAAAUUAUUAGCAGAUCUGUGCUAAUUGUGGCUAACUAGCCGAGAUACUAGCACAGGCCAUUUGGGAAUACACUUUCCCCCCCGAGUGAAGCAACGCUGCAGGGGAGAAUCCCCCGCUACACGUGUCUAUCUGUACGUCAAAUUCAAGGAUUAAUUUGCUAAUAUGGAUCAGAACACGGGGAGUUCGGCUUCAUCUGCGGGAGCCAAGAAGGACAAGAAAUCAAAGAAGAAAGACGAGGAUGGAGAUGGGAAAAAGAAAUUUAACCUCAAACGGCUGAUUCCCGAUGAGCUGGAGCGUCUGACCAGUAUGAGAACGAAAAAGGACAAGGAGAAACCCGCCCACGUUCCAGGUCAGCGACACUCUUCAGCUGCCAGCUACGAGAUCACAUCGCAGCACGCCAUGCUCCUUGAACACAGUGAUGAUGCUAUCCUGGGACUCUUCGAACAGAUGCUGGUGGACAUGAACCUGAACGAGGAAAAGCAGAAACCGCUGAGAGAAAAAGACAUGGCGAUUAAACGAGAGAUGGUCUCCAACUACCUCUACACCUCUAAAGAUAGUCAACAGCAGAAGGAGAGGAACAGGUCAGCAAUGAUGUACAUCCAUGAUUUAAAGAUGGACCACCGAGACGAAUCGCUGCUCACCUGCCUGGAGUCUCUGCGGGUCCCACUCAGUAGCAACCCUGUCAGUUGGUUGCAGAACUUUGGAGAGGAAGGCCUUGCACUGCUUUUGUCUCUACUUAAACGACUUCAAGAGGAGAAAAACGAAAACCUAAAUAAGGGAUUAAAAUGUCAGCAUGAGAUCAUUCGCUGUCUAAAAGCCUUCAUGAACACCAAGUAUGGAUUAAAAUCCAUGUUGGUGUCAGAGGACGGGAUUCGUCUCCUGGUCAGAGCCAUCAACCCCACAGUACCCAACAUGAUGGUGGAUGCUGUCGAUCUGGUCUCUGCCAUCUGUAUUUUGGAACAUCCUGAAAACCUUCAUGAGCGUGUUUUGGAGGCGAUUACAGAGGAAGCGGAAAAACAGGGCAUUGAGAGAUUCCAGCCUCUUCUAUCCGGGAUGAACAGCAGCAACAUUAAUCUUAAGGUUGGAUGCAUGCAGCUGAUCAACGCCCUAAUCAGCCGGGGAGAAGAACUGGACUUUAGAAUCCAUAUUCGCUCAGAACUCUUAAGACUGGGUCUUAGAGAGCUGCUAUGGGAGAUCCAGAAGAUAGAAAGUGAAAAGCUAAAGGUCCAACUCGGGGUGUUUGAUGAACAGGCCGAAGAGGAUUCAGAGGACCUUAAAGUUCGUCUUAAUGACAUCCGCUUAGAAAUGGAUGAUGUGAGGGAAGUGUUUGAGAUCUUGUUCAACACAGUGAAAGAUUCCAAGGCUGAAAAUCACUUCCUGUCGCUGAUGCAGCACCUGCUCCUGAUCCGCAAUGAUUAUUUAGCCAGGCCUCAGUACUACAAGCUGAUAGAUGAAUGUAUUUGUCAGAUUGUGCUUCACAAGAAUGGGUCCGACCCUGACUUCAAGUGCCGCAAGCUCAAAUUUGACAUCGAAGGUUUGAUAGACAACAUGGUGGACAAGACCAAAGUGGAAGCCAGUGAGGCCAAAGCAACGGAGCUAGGGAAGAAGCUGGAUGCAGAGCUGACAGCACGCCACGAGCUGCAGGUGGAGAUGAAGAAACUGGAGGGUGAUUAUGACCAGAAACUGCUGGACCUGAGUCAAGAGAAGGAACAGCUGGCCACCUCUAAGCUGGAUCGAGAAAAAGAGAACCAGAGUCUGCAAGAAAAGCUAAGCUCUUUGCAAAACCAGAUCGAAAAGCUGUCGAAGGAUCUGGAAGAGGCCAAAACUAAGGUUGUUACUGUUACUGUUCCUGUGCCAACACCCGGCCUUCCCCCUCCACCACCUCCACCGCCCCUCCCUGGCUAUUCUGCUGUUAUGCCCCCUACUCGUGUGCCCUUACCAGCCCACGCAUCCGCACACGUUCCUGUUCCUCCCCCACCUCCUUUACCUGGCAUGCCAGGACCUCCCCCUCCUCCGCCCCUUCCCGGCAUGCCAGGACCUCCCCCUCCUCCGCCCCUUCCCGGCAUGCCAGGACCUCCCCCUCCUCCGCCCCUUCCCGGCAUGCCAGGGCCACCACCUCCUCCGCCUGGAAUGGGACCUCCACCGCCGCCCCCACUACCUGGAGGUCCUGGUAUUCCUCCUCCCCCACCAGGACCAGGCAUGCCUCCACCUCCACCAUUUGGUAUGGGAGGCUGGGUUGCUUCUGCACCACCUCCACUACCUUUUGGGCUCCAGCCUAAAAAGGAAUACAAACCGGAGGUCCAGUUGAAGAGGGCUAACUGGAGUAAGAUUGAACCCGAGGACCUGAGUGAGAACAGUUUCUGGACCAAGGCAAAAGAGGAACAAUUUCAAAGCAAUGAACUCUUUGCCAAACUCACGUUAACUUUCUCAUCACAAACAAAGACCAACAAAGCUAAAAAAGAGCAAAUCGAUGGAGAGGAAAAACAGGCCCAGAAGAAGAAAGUGAAGGAGCUAAAAGUUAUCGAUUCAAAGUCUUCACAAAACCUCUCAAUUUUCCUGGGCUCAUUCCGUGUUCCUUACGAAGAGAUCAAGAAUGCCGUCUUACAAGUCAAUGAGAAGAUUCUUACAGAGUCUUUGGUUCAGAACCUGAUAAAACAGCUCCCGGCUCCUGAUCAGCUAAAUAUUCUUGCAGAGAUGAAGGAUGAAUACGACGACCUGGCCGAGUCGGAACAAUUUGGAGUAGUGAUGUCCAGUGUGAAGAGACUGAUGCCACGGCUUCAGGCCAUCCAGUUCAAGCUGCAGUUUGAGGAGCAGCUGAACAACAUCAAGCCAGAUGUGGUGGCUGUGACAGCUGCCUGUGAGGAGCUCAGGAAAAGCGAGACCUUUGCCAAACUGCUUCAGAUCAUCCUUCUAGUUGGGAACUACAUGAAUUCUGGCUCUAGGAAUGGAUCAGCGUACGGCUUUUCCAUAUCCUACCUGUGCAAGUUGCGUGACACCAAGUCAACUGAUCUGAAGCAGACACUGCUCCAUUUCCUGGCUGAUGUGUGCCAGGAGCGUUAUCCUGAGGUCAUGAGCUUUCCUGAUGAGCUCACUCAUGUGGAAAAGGCCAGCAGAGUUUCUGCAGAGACGAUUCUGAAGAAUUUGGAGAUGAUGGGGCGUCAGAUCAAAAACUUGCAGAAAGAUCUGGAAACGUUUCCUCCUGCACAAAAUGAAAAUGACCUGUUUGUGGAAAAGAUGUCUAGUUUUGUAACCCAAGCACAAGAACAGUUUGAGAAGCUGGACAUGAUGCAUAAAAAUAUGGAGAUGCAAUACGCUGACCUGGGACAAUACUUUGUCUUUGAACCGAAAAAGAUCUCUGUGGAGGAGUUCUUUGGAGACAUCAGCAACUUCAAAAACAUGUUCCAGGAAGCGGUGAAAGAGAACCAGAGGAGGAAGGAAGCUGAAGAGAAGAUCAAGAAGGCCAAGCUGGCCAGAGAGAAAGCAGAGAAGGAGAAAGAGGAGAAACAGAAAAGAAACCAGCUUCUGGACAUCGAUGCAGAGGGUGAUGAAACUGGUAUCAUGGAUGGCCUGUUGGAGGCGCUGCAGUCCGGGGCUGCUUUCCGAAGGAAGAGAGGACCUCGACAAGCAGCCAACCACCGGCGAGCUGGCCAUGCAGUGACCAACAUCCUGGCCAAAGAGCUGAUGCAGGAAGAUGCCCCAUCAUCCAGUAAAAUACCCACAAAAAAGGCAAAGUCUGAGAAGGAGGAGCCAAAACUAGAAGGGGCAGAAUCCUUGGAGGAGUUAUUGGACGCUGUUCAAUCUCGGUCUAAUUAGGCUUCUAAGUACAGAAGUGUAUUUUUUUUAUAUGCAGUGGUGUUAAAAACAGAUCUUUUUUAUGCAGUAAAAGGGCCAACAUCUAAAUGACAUUAGUUCUCUGCCAUUUUCCUCAUCCCUUUCCUUGCACGGACCAUUUUAGGAUUUCUUUUCUGCUUUCGGUUGUGUUGACGGCGAGAGGCGGAACUUGAGACAAGAGGGGCGGCCUCUGAAUGUUCGCUCAUUUCUUUCUUCCGCAUAUGCACAUAAAGGUAAACAUUUUCAUCAAGGGGCAUCUUCAGCCUUUCCCAAAGACUUACUCAGGACUGAAUCACCCCUUUUUUAUUUCAUUUUGAAACCCAGACUGGGAACGUCAGGAGCUUCCCACCAGCAGUUAUGACUUUUUUUCCUGGAUGUUUGAGCAAUGGGAACUUUCUGCUUCUUUUUUUCCCCACUAAAUGAUGAAACGUAAUUCCUUGUAACAUUUUGAAAAACUGUAUGUCACUGUGUAAUAGUUUGUCCACCUGUUUUAAUUGAAGUGCCAACCAGUCUCAUCAUUUCACUUGUAGGCGUGGUCCAGUUUCACACUGGAGGAAGCAUGUGGACCACCUUAUUACCAGCACUAUUCACCUGGGGUUUUCUUACAGAGAGGAUUUUUCUCACUGGUGUGCAUCAAAUGGUUAUUCUUUUUAUAAAUAAAAACCAUAACCUAAACUGUACUGGAAGCGAAUUUGCAUAGAAACCAAACAAUCAUUUUUAAAGGUGUUUUCAUGCAAACAUACUGUAGCCUGAGUAGUUUACAUUCCUGUUUUCUGUAUAUGUGAAGAUCCGAGUGUAAAAUUAGCCGCCUAUAUUUAGUUUCGUGUGGACAAACCUUUGUGUAUCUGUGUUUUGCUUGCAAGUUUCAGUGUUUGUGUGCACAUGUGUGUGUUGCCGUCUAUAAUUACUAUACAAUACCAACCAGGCUGUCAUGAAUGAUGAUCUUGUGGUCUUUCUGCUCAGAGUAUAGCACACUGGAAAACAGCCCAGAAACUGCUGAGACAAGUAUCUGUGUUCACUUGUUAGACUGUCUGCUCUCCCACUUCCACCGAACUGCAGCCGUCGUCUCCGGAUGUCUGGCCUCGCUGCUGUUUGUAUUCUGCAACCUUCGGCGGACAUGUUGCCGUGAUGUUUCGGUGUAAGUCCUGACAGGUGAUGCCAGCUGUUCAAUGCAGUUUAGGCUCGUAUGGAAAUCCAUCAGUGUAUCCUGCAGCCCAGCUCUCUAUAAGGCACCACUGAUACGGUAUGCUGUGUAAAAAUAGAUAACUUUUUUAAAAUGUUUUUCCUGGGAGAAAGUGGCACUUAAACGUCAUCAGGUGGAUUCCAAUGAAGCACUUGAGGUGUGGUAAAAUCUCAUCUUGGAUCUAGUGCUUUAUUUUAUUCUUCGAACACUGAGGAAAUAUCCAGUUAACUGCUGCAUCUGCACAAAACAUCUCAUUGCUGUAAUUAAACAGACAUAACUGCUGUGUUGUUUGAUAUUCUCUGUUCAGGAAGGCAGCACUAGAUGAUUGUAAGUUUUGGAAUAUAAAAAACAUCCAAACACCGCUGGAAUAUUCUACCUGAUCUCACUUGUUCUUUUUUCUGUAUCUUUUUCCUUUUUAUAAGAGAUUUUGUUCUAAACCUUUUACGAUAAUUUUAUUGUAUGAAUCGAUUUUCACUGAUUGCUUGAUCCAUAUAGAAACAUGCACAUUCUGUUAAUUUUGACCAAUUAAAAUGUCUGAAGUAAUAUAAUAAAGUGAUUGGCUCUUA